AUGAGCUCUGUUUCACCAGAUGAACUUCCCGUAGAAGUUCCAGAAAAGGUUUUUCCCGGACAGCUCAUAUGCCCAGAAUUCGGCGUGAAGCAGCAAGCGAAGAACGACAUAGUAUACAAGUUUGUGAGCGGUCAAGGGACACAGUUUCAAGAAUACCAGUACGAGGGAAGCAAGAUAAAGGCUAUAGUCUCAACCCUGGUUGGAAAUGUUGCAUUCAAAGCUGUUCAAUCGCCACGUAGCGAUAAUGACGAGGACUCAUCGGCCGACAAGCGACUGCUAGAGAUUGAUACUCGCAAUAGGACAGUUGUCACUAUCGAAGUCUCAGUGUUGCAGAAGAAUAGUAAAUUUGAAGACAGGAAUGUGAACGAUGAUUUCGCAAACAACCUUCCGAAGGAGGGAGAUAUUGUAUUAACGAGAGUGACAAAAAUAUCCCAACAGAGAGCUAAUGUAGAGAUCUUGGCAGUCGAAAACCAGCCUGUCCCUAUAGAUAGCGGCGUCGGAAGCAAUGGAUCAGGAAUAGUAGCAGCACAAGGAGGUUCGGGAGCAGCUACGUUUUCGAUAAGUCAAGCUUCCUCUGAUCUCGGAGAGACCUUCAGAGGACUUAUUCGUUCUCAAGAUGUGAGGGCCACAGAAAGGGAUACAGUCAAAAUAAUAGAUUGUUUCAAGCCUGGCGACAUAGUGCGGGCGCAAGUCUUGUCGUUGGGUGAUGGUACUAAUUAUUACUUAUCCACUGCAAGGAACGAUCUUGGCGUAGUUUUUGCGAGAGCAUUCAACGGCUGUGGCGGAUUGAUGUAUGCGGUGGACUGGCAGACAAUGGCCGCUCCAAGUACUGGUACGACGGAGAAGCGUAAAUGUGCGAGACCUUUCUGA